AUGACGGCGGCGGUGGCGGUGAGGACCUUUAUCAUCGACGCUAUAUCGUUCACAAAAGCCACGCCCACUUUCCAGACCACGCCCAUCCCCAUAUGUGUUCACACGUGUCUCUUAAUCAUACGGCAAGCAGGCAGGCAGGCAGUCGGGGAGCACGCGCGGUGGGAGCCAAGGUAUGACAUCAGUCAGCAGGGCACGGGCGAGGCCAGGACAUGCCAGCGCAGGGCAGAGCAGGGCAGAGCAGGGCAGAGCAGGGCAGAGCAGGGCAGAGCAGGGCAGAGCAGGGCAGAGCAGGGCAGAACAGGGUAUGGGAGGCAGGGCACGGCAAAGCAAGGCACGGCAAAGCAGGGCACAGCAGAGCAAGGAACUACACACCAGGGCACGGCAAAGCAAAGCACGAAAAAGCAGGACACGGCAGAACAAGGAACUGCACAGCAGGGCAUGGCAAGGGACAGCCGGGUAGGCCAGAGCAAACUCGGUCAGGACAAACUAGGCCAUGGCGACGGCUGCAUGCGGUGUAGCGGGACAUGUCAACAGAGGCCAGGACUGAGUGCGGCAGGGCACGGCAGGGCAGAGCAGGGCAGAGCAGGACACGGCAGGGCAGAACAGGACAGAGCAGGGCAGAGCAGGGCAGAGCAGGGCACGGCAGGGCAGAGCAGGACACGGCAGGGCACGGCAGGGCAGAGCAGGGCACGGCAGGGAACGUUGCGCCGUUACUCAGGCACCCUCAGGCUUCUCCUGACCCUCGAGCUGCUGAGUCACUGCUUGAAGGCUGAAGGAGACGCUGGACACCCAACAGCUGCAGACUCGCACGUGGCACAGUGCCUGCGGAGGAAGACACGCGAUAGCGGUGGUGGCGGUAGCGGUAAGGACAGUGCCAGUGGUAGCGGUAGCGGUGGCGAUGGGGUUGUCAGUGGUAGCGGUAGCGGUGGCGACGGUAGCGGUAAGGACAGUGCCAGUGGUAGCGGUAGCGGUGGCGACGGUAGCGGUAAGGACAGUGCAGGUGGUAGCGGUAGCGGUGGCGACGGUAGUAGCGGCGGUGAUAGGUGUAGCGGUAGCGGUCCUCGCGGCGAUGGUGAUAACAUUAAUGGUUUUGAUAGCGGUGAUAGCGGCGACAAAGGUGCUGUGGUAGCGGUGGCGGAGGCGACGGAGAGGAUCGCAGUGAUAGCGGGACUGGUGCGGCAGUAG